AUGGUGAGGCCCAAGAUUGUUGAUUAUGGUUCUGCAGGAAUCAAGCCUAAUAUUCAGUCUCACUAUGUUGCAUCUACAAGCUUGCCUUCUGCUGGUACUGGAUCUUCACAACAUCUUAUUUCUCAUGCUUCACAUGUGGGACUACCCAUGUCAACAGUCCAAUCCAGUCUUCCCUUAUAUUCCCCCAGUGGGAGUUCAGGGUCAUGGAUUUCAUCACUUCCUCCAACCACUAAUGGCACACCGGGCUUGAGGAGCCAAUGCAUCAGCAAGGAUUCUAUGGGGCUUCAGUUGGGCUUCAAGCCCAGCACCAAUAUUGUCUUCAACCCUCACCAGGCUUGUCAAAUGGCACUUUCCAUGCCGGCGAUGCUGCAAUCAAUGCCAUAUCCUGCUAUUAGUGCAUUUUUACCUAGUGGAGCUUCUAACCUACCAGCUACAAAGUUGGCAGAUUUUCCACCUCCUUUCCUGCCACGUUUCAGCAACGGCACCCUGAAUCAGAACUCAUCUAUACUUCCCAUUCUGUCUACUGCCAUAGCUUCAGACUCAACAAGAGCUUUGAUGUCUGACAAGGCUUCUACUCCAGCUCUUCCUGAAACUUUUACUACUAGCCUGCCAUUGGCAUCUUCAUUUGCUACUCUUUUGGAUAAGAGUGCCAUUACACCAGCUGUUUCUUGA